AUGCAGUUGCUAAACGUUCAGAUAUUGGCAGCAGUGAAUCAGAAAAGAGCCAGGGGUCAACUUCCCUAUAUUGAGCCAUGGUACGAUUUUGAUUGGAGGGCGCAACAGCCAAAAGAGCUACGUCCUUUCAAGCCGAUUUAUAACAUGAGUAUGGGUAUGUUGAUGCUCAGCGUGAACACAUUCCUCUGGUCUUGGUUAGUGGGCUUAAAUAAUGCAACGAUAGGUCUUCAAAGAGAGUCUUUGUCAAACCUUAUAACAAUUGACAGUCAGUAUUUGGACCGGACCACAAUACGCCGCGAAAUUGUCUCGCAAUACCAAAACACCGUUUACGGCUAUCGACCUGGCGGUGAAGGAGCUGUAUACGAGCUUUACUCUUAUAUCCUGACACACUACUUGCCUCGUCGCUUUCCGGGGCUGUUCAAAGUUGAGUCUGGUGAAUUCAAAAAUCUCAUGACAAAGCAAAUCUUCCCCGCAGAGCCCCCUAAAGAUCCCGAGACCUGCUUGAAGAUCCUGGCUGAGACAAUCGAGGAAGACAUUUUUCUACUUAAAGAGACAGAAGCUACUCAUAUGUGCCUUGCUUUUGCAUGUUGCUUUCCAGCGGGGUUCGAUCCGUCUUCAAAGCUUGGGGCGGACCUCGCCGCCAUCCAUGGCCCAGUGCCCCACUACGAUAAGAUAGGGCCAAGUAUGGAGCGAUAUUUUCGCAAAAUACAGCCUGGGCAAGUUGUCAGGCGGAUGAAUUGGAAUGUCCAAGUGGACGAGGAGCUUAUAAAUAUCUCUGGAAAUCACAUUAAAAAGGGCGAUUCAUUUGUCGAGGACGACAACAUCGAUUGCUCAAAGGCAAGCUUGCUUCUACUCUAUGCCGCAAAUUUGAGGAUAGAGUUGCAGUCUCUAACACGUCUUCCGGACACAAAAUUCAUCUUGUUCUGUUUCAAGACGUUUAUGUAUCCCCUUGAAAGUCUCAAACGCGAUGGUUCUGCAGCUGAUUUGGCGGAUGCGAUUGAAGGUAUGAGGAAGGGGAAUGCACCAGACAUGCAUAGGUAUAAAAGUGCAAUCCGCUGGGGCAAAAGUGUUGUUGAAUAUUUGCGCUCUUCGGUAUAG